GUUCCUGCGGGAGGGGCUACCGGGGGAGGCGGCGGAGCAAUGAAGGGGGAUGACGAGACCGAGGGCGGUGUUGCGGGUCCCACAGCAACGACAACAACCACCGGAGCGACCGCACCCACCGGGCCCUCAAGCGUCGGCGGCCCCGCGGCGGCCGCCCCGCGUCGCAAAAAAAAGCCCGCCGCGCCCGAAAAGCCGCUCCCCCCGACCCCGCUCACACCGGACCAGAAGACCGAGAUCGCGACGCGCGAACUCGAGGAGCUCAAGGACGAGAUCGAGAAGCAGAAGGAGGAAUGGGCGCGCGUGCUCGACAACUUCAAGGCCGAGAUGGAGGAGAUGGAUGUGCGGCUGGGCGAGGUCGCGAGGGAGUACUAUGAGUUCCGGAGGGAUAUUGUGGGCGGCGCUGUGAAUCAGAGGACGGGGAAGGUUGUGAGUGAGAGGGUUGUGAGGUGGUUUGAGGAAAGGAUUAGGGGGAAGGACGCGCUCAUCAAAAAAACGCGGCUAAAAAACAGCACGCUAAAACUGCAAAAGAACAAGCUCCACCAGCAGCUCAAACAGAAAGAAGAGAUGGGCGAGGUCCUCCACGCGAUCGAUUUCGACCAGCUGCAGAUCGAGAACAAACAGUACCUCGCCAAGAUCGAGGAACGCAACGCCGAGCUGCUGAAGUUGAAGAUGACCGCGGGGAAUACGAUGCAGGUCUUGAAUCACCACAAGACGAAACUGCACGCGCUAACAACCGACUCGCACCACCUCCGUUCCGAGAUCGCGCAACGCCAGGACCUGCUAUCCAAACUCAUAUCGGAGGCGGAGAUCGUCGAGGCCGAGCGGGCGGCGGCCGAGAAGGUCAAUCGGCGGAUCAAGGGGGAGAUGGAGGAUUACCGGGUUCCUGAUGUGAUGGACUACGUGUCGUUGAACGCGCAACAAGAAGAACUGCACCAGAAACUCACCAUGUGGCAACGGAAGGUCGAGAUUGCCGCUAUGCAGAACACUCGGCUCCGCAACAUCUGGCGUCGCAUGUCAACCCCCCACGACCGGCUCCCCCCGUACACCCCUACCCACAACGCGCCGACGUUGCAGGCGCAGUGGAGGGCGGAUGAGCGGGUUGCGCGGGGGCGGAGCUUGCCGCCUUUGGCUGGGUAGUUGAAGGGGCGGUGUGGUUAUGUGGGAUGGGAUGGGAGAUAUAUGUUGGGGGGAUUUGUUACGUGUCGGGUCGGGUGGGAGGUUUGUGAUACGUCCAAUUGAUGGAUGAGGGGGGAUGGAGAAGCUACGGGCGAGCUGGUUUUUUGUAUAUAGUGACCUUGCGGUGGGUGUUCAUUUCCACUGCAUGGAUAGAACGAGAAUCUGGCCUUAUGGGGACACUGCAGAACGAGAUUUUGUCCAGUUUACUGGGUUUUCAUGUAUUGAUGCCGGAUGUGCAGGUGUGAAACGGUACAUUGUCCCAGAUGUGGAAUACGCUGCUACGCAUCAGGCC